AUGGAGCAACAGGCACCGCCGCCAUCAUCAUCCAAGAGCUGGAGCAUCCACACGCGCCGCGAGAUCACAUCGAAGUACGAGAUCCUUGAGCGCGUGGGCUCCGGAGCGUACUCCGACGUCUACCGAGCCCGGCGCCGUUCCGACUCGCUCGUCGUCGCCCUCAAGGAGGUCCACGACUACCAGUCCGCCUUCCGAGAGAUCGAGGCCCUCCAGACGCUCCAGAGCUGCCCCAACGUCGUCGUUCUCCACGAGUACUUCUGGGCCGACGACGACGACGACGCCGUUUUGGUGCUCGAGUACUUGCCCUCCGAUCUGGCCUCCGUGAUUAAGGCCGCCAAGAAGGAGUGGGACGGUGGGAUCGGCGUCGGCGAGGUCAAGCGGUGGAUGGUGCAGAUUCUGGCUGGGGUCGAUGCCUGCCACCGCAAUUCGAUCGUUCAUAGGGAUUUGAAACCAUCGAAUUUGCUGAUAUCUGCUGAUGGGGUUCUCAAAGUUGCCGAUUUUGGGCAGGCUAGGAUACUUCUUGCCCCAGGAUUUGUCGCCGAUGAUGUAUAUAAUCAGAUGGCCGAGCAGCCUUCGCCAAACAAAGCAACUUUAUUUCAGCCACCAGAGGUUCUUCCCACGCUAGAAGGCCGUUCUGUUCAAGAACAUGUAAAACCAGGCCGUGAAAAAUGCUUUCUUGAGCCAAAUGCUUACUUUACAAGUGAUGUUGAUGAAGAGAGUAUGAGCCGUGAUGGGGCUGCUUCUAAUCUUGCCACGUGCACCACAAGUGAUGUGGAGGACCCUUUCCAUCAAUCUUAUUCUUACGAAGCUGAAGAUGAUGGAGCUAGUGGAAAUGGGCCACUUACCUCCUGUGUGGGGACCCGAUGGUUUAGAGCCCCUGAGCUACUCUAUGGGUCCACGAGCUAUGGGCUCGAGGUUGAUCUUUGGUCCCUCGGUUGUAUUUUCGCGGAGCUUCUGAGUCUUGAGCCAUUAUUCCCAGGCGGUGCUGAUAUUGAUCAGCUGGGCAAAAUUUUCAGCGUUUUGGGCAAUAUGACGGGUGAAGUCUGGCCAGGUUGUGUCCACCUUCCUGAUUACAAUAUAAUUUCAUUUAGUAAAGUGGAAAAUCCAAUUGGCUUAGAAGCAUGUCUCAAGAACCGAUCUACUGAUGAAGUGCUUCUUGUGAGGAGGCUUUUGUGUUUCGACCCUGCAAGUAGAGCUACCGCAAUGGAAUUGCUUAAUGAUAAGUAUUUUAAUGAAGAGCCUUUACCGGUUUCUUUAUCUGAGUUGAGGGUUCCAGCUAAAAUCGGGAAUCAUGAUGAGGAUUCAUCCAUUGAUUGGAAUGAUCAUAGGGAUUUCGGGUCGGAUUCGGAUUUCGACGAAUUUGGCUCGUCGCUUGUCACAACCACAGAAAAUGGUUUUUCCAUCCAGUUCUCUUGA